AUGGACCCUCUGUCUACCACGACUGCCAUCUUGGCCUUGCUAGAAACAUCGAUCGGCAUCGUCAGUCGACUCAGGGUUGCUUACUCGCGCCAACGAGCACAGAAAAGCGUGAUAGACAGGCAUAAUGAAGAGCUGCAGGGCAUUGAGAGUGUGAUACAAGUUAUUCGCCAGGAAGAAUGUCUCCAGACGGCGGCGGUGGUAUCCGAGUUGGUCAAAAUAAAGGAUUUGUCACAGGAGCUUCUUACGCUGCUCAGGCGAUUAGAUCCAGGAGACAAGUCUUUGCCUCGUCAAAUCGCCCAUCAGCUCAGCAGCGGAUCUAAAGAUGAAGCCGAUCUUGACAGCAUCCUUAAACGAAUAAAUACCGCGAAGACAAAUCUCCUUAUACAUAUCCAGGUUGCCGGUGUUGGCCUGUCGCGUGAUGGCCAAAACAAUAUUGUCGCCAACACGGCUGAAAUUAGCAAUUUGGAUCGGACAAUCAAGACACUGCUUGGAGAUGAAUGGGGCUUGAAAAUUGCGAGUCUGAUACAACAUAAGCCUCUGCAAGAUUCCAACGAGUUGGAUCGAAUUGGUAUCUCAACGCCCAAGGGUCCAACUACGCGGAUAAUAAUUGGCAAUCUCACGCGGUCGCAAGCGCUCCAAAUCAAUGGACCUGUCGGUGAAGAUGAAUGGAAAUCCAUCAGUCAUCUUGAGAUCAGAGACAACGAGGCUGGUCUAGCCAGCUCACAGGUUAAUUAUCCUGUCUCGAGGACCGUCUUUGCGUCCUUGCUAUUUGAUCAUUCCAUCAAGUAUAUACUACUCUUUGUCUUGAUCUACCUUCCUUUCGAUUACUUCUUUGGAAAGAGGUGA